AUGGCUUCUAUUAAAGAGGAGAGUGAAGAUGUGAAGAUUGAAGAAACAUUCAGAGUCAAACAAGAAGAUACUGAGAAACAAACAAAGAUGAUGUUUAUUAAAGAGGAGAGUAAAGAUAUGAAGACUGAAGAAACAUUCAGAGUCAAACAAGAAGACACUGAGGAACAAACAGACCUGAUGGCACUGAAAGAAGAGAGUCAAAACCUGAAUGAAAACAAAGAGAAAAAUCUGAGUGAUGAGAAGCAUCAGGAUUUCAUAACUGAAGAAAAAUCUUUCAGUUGCACACAGUCAAAAACGAUUUCCAUUCGAAAAAAAGCUCAGAAAACAGGAUCUGGGAAGUUCAUCUGCAAACAGUGUGGAAAAAGUUUCAUUCGAAAAGCAUCUCUUAAAGUACAUGAAUUUAUUCACACUGGAGAAAAGCCUUUCACCUGCCCUCAGUGUGGUAAGGGUUUUUCACAAAGAUCAGCAUUGUAUCCCCACAUGAGAACUCACACUGGAGAGAAGCCUUUCACAUGCCAGCAAUGUGGACAAAGCUUCACUGAAAGAGGACACCUUCAGGUUCACAUGAGACUUCACACUGGAGAAAAGCCUUUCACCUGCCAACAGUGUGGAAAAGGUUUCAGUCAAAAUGAAACCCUUAAAACCCACAUGAGCGUUCACACUGGAGAAAAGCCUUUCACCUGCCAACAGUGUGGGAAAGGUUAUACUCUAAAUAAAAACCUUCGAAUCCACAUGAGAAUUCAUUCUGGAGAGAAGCCUUUUCCCUGCCAACAGUGUGCAAAAAGUUUCACUGUAAAAGAAAAUCUUAAAAUACAUGAAAGAAUUCACACUGAAGAGAAGCCUUACAUAUGCUCUCAGUGUGGUAAGGGUUUUUCACAAAGAUCAGCAUUGUAUCCCCACAUGAGAACUCACACUGGAGAGAAGCCUUUCACAUGCCAGCAAUGUGGACAAAGUUUUACUUAUAGCAGAAUCUUUAAGGAUCACCUGAGAAUUCACACUGGAGAGAAGAAGCCUUUCAAAUGCCAACAGUGUGGAAAAGGUUUCUCUCAAAAGAGCUACAUUAAAUACCACAUGAGAGUUCACACUAGAGAGAAGAGCCUUCUCAGCUGCCACCAAUGUGAGAGAAGUUUCCCUAAUAAUGGGAGUCUUACAGUCCACAUGAAAACUCACAACAGAGAGAACGUGUUCACAUGCCAGCAGUGUGGAAAAACGUUCUUUCGAAAAUCUAAUCUUAAAAGCCAUAUGAAAGUUCACACCGAAGAAAAACCUUUCAUCUGCAAUCAAUGUGGAAAAAGUUUUAAACAUAGUUCAGCAUUUCAUCAACACAGGCGUAUUCACACUGGAGAGAAGCCUCACACCUGUCAACAGUGUGGAAAGAGUUUCAUUGAUAAAGGAAGCCUUACAGUUCACCUGAGAAUUCACACUGGAGAGAAGCCUUUCACAUGCACCCAGUGUGGGAAAAGUUUCUCUCGAAAGGUACACCUUAAAUCCCACAUGAGAAUUCACACCUGAGAAAAGACACAUCAGCCCUUCUCCGAUGACUGUUUGUGUCAUCAGUGUGGAGUGAGUUUCAUAGAUCGAAAACAUUGUAUGAAUCAUGUCUAAUUGGAGAGAAGCCUUUCAUGUGCCAUCACUGUUCAAUCACAGCAAACCUUAGGCUACAUUUUACUCGACACCAUGUGGUCAAAAAUGUAAAAAAAAGUUUUACGUGUACACAACAACCUUUUCAAAAUUAUUCUCUGUCACCUUGUUAGAAAUACAGGUUUUAAAUGAAUUUGAAAAAGCAAAUGAAUUUAAUAACUUUUAUAAUCAUUUUGAAUUGACGGGAAAUGGUAGCAUUGAUGAAUGUAGAGAUUUGCUUAGUUCAGUAAUAUGUGAUUAUACAAAG